GCGGUGGCUCCCGACUCGCUGACGCCAGGGAGACCAGAUCAACCUAGGCAGCUGUGGAGAGAGGAGCUGGGGGGAAUGAAAAGAGAGGUGCUUGUGACAAAGCGCAGUAACCAGACUGAAAGAACAACAAAGCUGGGCUCUGAUUUAUUCAGAUGGCGGAAUUCUCACACAACCUUUAACUGAGACGGACAAAAACCUGAAUUUAACUGAACUCAGUUGUGUUUUCAAUAAAAAAAAAAUAUAUAUUUUGUGGGAAGCUGACUUUACAAAAGGUUUUGGUUAAAUCAGAAACUGCUCACGGAAAAAACGAUGAACGUGACCAGCUUGUUCUCCUUCACCAGCCCGGCGGUGAAGCGGCUGCUGGGCUGGAAGCAGGGUGAUGAGGAGGAGAAAUGGGCAGAGAAGGCGGUGGACGCCCUGGUGAAGAAGCUGAAGAAGAAGAAGGGUGCGAUGGAAGAGCUGGAGAAGGCGCUCAGCUGCCCCGGCCAGCCGUCCAACUGCGUCACAAUCCCCCGCUCCCUGGACGGUCGCCUGCAGGUUUCUCACCGCAAGGGGCUACCGCAUGUCAUCUACUGCCGUGUCUGGCGCUGGCCCGACCUUCAGAGCCACCAUGAACUGAAACCGCUGGAGUGCUGCGAGUACCCCUUCGGCUCCAAGCAGAAGGAGGUCUGCAUCAACCCCUACCACUACAAGCGGGUCGAGAGUCCGGUGCUUCCUCCGGUCCUGGUUCCCAGACACAGCGAGUUCAACCCUCAACACAGCCUCCUGGCACAGUUUCGCAACCUGGCCCAGAACGAGCCCCACAUGCCUCACAACGCUACCUUCCCUGACUCCUUCCCCCAAGCCAACAGCCACCCGUUUCCCCACUCGCCCAAUAGCAGCUACCCCAACUCUCCAGGCAGCGGGAGCAGCAGCACCUUCCCACACUCUCCUGCCAGCUCGGACCCUGGGAGCCCCUUCCAGAUACCAGCUGAAACUCCUCCUCCUGCAUAUAUGCCCCCAGAAGAUCAGAUGACUCAGGAUGGCUCCCAGCCUAUGGACACCAACUUGAUGGCACCUCCUCUUCCCCUAGAAAUCAGCAACAGACCAGAUGUUCAGCCAGUGGCCUAUGAGGAGCCGAAACACUGGUGCUCUAUUGUUUACUAUGAGCUGAAUAACCGUGUGGGAGAGGCGUUCCAUGCCUCCUCCACAAGUGUGUUGGUGGAUGGCUUCACUGAUCCUUCAAACAACAGGAACCGGUUUUGCCUUGGGCUCCUGUCCAAUGUUAACCGCAACUCCACCAUUGAGAACACUAGGCGGCAUAUCGGCAAAGGAGUCCAUCUUUACUAUGUUGGAGGUGAAGUGUAUGCCGAGUGCCUUAGCGACAGCAGCAUCUUUGUGCAGAGUCGAAACUGCAACUAUCACCACGGCUUCCACCCUACGACGGUUUGCAAGAUCCCCAGCGGCUGCAGCUUGAAGAUCUUCAACAACCAGGAGUUUGCUGAGCUUUUGGCCCAGUCGGUGAACCACGGCUUUGAAGCCGUCUAUGAGCUUACUAAGAUGUGCACCAUCCGCAUGAGUUUUGUAAAGGGUUGGGGUGCAGAAUAUCAUCGCCAGGAUGUCACUAGCACCCCCUGCUGGAUUGAGAUCCAUCUGCAUGGUCCUCUCCAAUGGCUGGAUAAAGUUCUUACACAGAUGGGAUCCCCUCACAACCCCAUUUCUUCGGUGUCCUAGGCAAAACUCUUUCCUUGCCCAUCGCUGUUGAAAACUAGUAUUGCAUUUCAAAGGGGGGGGGUUGCAUUUUACUUGAAGGAUGUUUGAAAUGGGCACAUUGCAGAAUGGCACAGGGGUGUGUGGGAGUCUGGAAGAUACUUGAUCUUUGUGACCAGCUGUACUAAUCAAGACCAUUUUUCUUUUGAGUAUCAGUGCUGGUCUUGUUAAUAUGUUUUAGUUUACAUCAGUAUUCCAUUGUAUACCCAAGCAGUUAGUGGCUCUCUUAGUGGGUCUGUUACAUGAACAUUAAGAAUUAAAAGGUGGAAGAUGACCAAUUGGGGGAUGGGGGGGGACAGUAAAUAGUUUAUUUUGUAGCAGAAGUUGUCAUUAGCUUGUUUCUGUAUUAUAAUCAUGGUCAAAAAAAAAUUCCAAUUGUUUUUUAUGCUCACAGAUGCUUACACUGUAGGAUAAAGAUGUGUUGCACAGAUGUAAAACUACCAAGAGCCUUUUUUUAUGCUUCCCAUAGCAGUACUUCAAAAGGGGGGUGAAAUACAAAAUAAGAUUUAUCAGUGUCCUCUUAAUAACCUUUCUGUUGUGUACUGAUUGUUACAGUUGUUAAAUGGAAAUAGUGUGAGAUGUAUUCUGCAUUAGAGUAAAACAAAAAAAAAAAACUGCCUGUAAUGUUAGAAAGUUUAGUAUGGGUAGAAUAGUCUGCAGGAUUAUGCAGGUAGUUGUAUUAUGGUAGAAAACCAAAAUAAGCAGAAAAGCAGUUAUACAUGCCGCCCGAUGUGCAUUUUACAGGUAACAUGUAUAUUGCUGUGUUACUGACCUAAAUCAUUUAUUUUACAUAAAAUGUUAUGCCUGAGCCCAUGUGGCAAACACAUUUUUUGUUUUGGUCUUUCUUUGUUUUGAAGAUGUAGACAUGGCUGUUGCUGUAUUAAAUUAGUGACAGCCAGGUCAUUUCUAAACUUUUGAUUUUAUUUUUUUAAGCUUUGCAAGACCCAGCAGUAAAAAAAAAAAAAAAAAAAAAAAAAAAAAAAAAAAAAAAAAGAAAAAAGUUUUACAGGAGAGUUUGUUUUUAAACUGACAUUUUGUAUUCACUUUUUUGUAUGAUCUUUUCUGCUCUUGUUAUACGCACUUUUACUAAAUGCUUUCCCUGUCAGUUUUUUGUUUUGUUUUGUUGUGCUGUAUGUAGUGUUCCCGGAAGGCAAUUUUAUUCCAUGAAUAUCAAGUCUCUACUGGAAGAUUCAAUAAAAAAGGUUUCAUUA